AUGGCGGCCUCAGUCAAUCAUGCACAUCCGCGCCAUGCUGUGCCCGAAGUAGGGUGUAAAAUGGUCAAUCGCUUGCAACAGAGCAAAUCCCCUUAUGUCCGAGGACACAUGAACAACCCAGUAGCAUGGCAAGUCUGGGAUGCAGAAUCUAUGGAGCUUGCCAAAAAGCACAACCGUUUAAUCUUCCUCAGCAUUGGCUACUCUGCGUGCCAUUGGUGUCAUGUCAUGGAAAAGGAAUCAUUCAUGUCACCGGAGGUGGCAGCAAUUCUGAAUGAAUCUUUUAUUCCUAUCAAAGUCGACCGCGAAGAACGACCGGACAUCGACGAUGUCUACAUGAAUUAUGUGCAGGCCACAACAGGGUCCGGCGGUUGGCCGUUGAAUGUAUUCCUGACUCCUGACUUGGAGCCAGUGUUUGGAGGAACCUAUUGGCAAGGACCCAAUUCUAACACAUUCACUGGCCCCGAGUCGAUCGGUUUUGUGGAGAUUUUAGAGAAACUACGGGAUGUUUGGGACACCCAACAGCAACGCUGCCUCGAAAGCGCCAAGGAGAUCACCAAACAGUUGAGAGAAUUUGCCGAAGAAGGGACGCACUCGCAGCAAGGGGAACGCGACAAUGACGAGGACAUGGACAUUGAGCUUUUAGAAGAAGCGUAUCAGCAUUUCGCGUCUCGGUACGACUCGAUCAAUGGCGGAUUCGGUCGCUCUCCCAAAUUUCCCACGCCGUCUAAUCUGAGCUUUCUGCUCCGACUCGGUGCUUACCCGUCCCAAGUCUCUGAUAUGGUAGGAAAGGACGAGUGCGAGCAGGCAACUGCCAUGGCUGUUACCACGUUGGUGAACAUGGCUCGUGGUGGACUCCGAGACCACAUCGGCCACGGAUUUGCGCGGUACAGUGUCACCAUGGACUGGGGUCUGCCCCAUUUUGAAAAGAUGCUCUAUGAUCAAGCCCAGCUACUCGACACAUAUGUGGACGCUUUCCGGUUGACUCAUGACCCCGAGCUUCUGGGUGCUGUCUAUGAUCUGGCUGCUUACUUGACCACCGCCCCGAUACAGUCCCCCACCGGAGGGUUCUUUUCAUCGGAGGAUGCAGAUAGCUAUCCCAGCUCAAAUGACACAGAGAAGCGGGAGGGUGCCUUUUACGUGUGGUCGUUGAAGGAGCUCACCCAAGUUCUCGGGCCCCGUGAUGCCCCUGUUUGCGCCAAACACUGGGGCGUCCUCCCCGACGGCAACGUACCACCCGAGUACGACCCGCACGACGAAUUCAUGAAUCAGAAUGUGUUGGCUGUCAAGGCCACACCGAGCAAGCUCGCCAAGGAUUUUGGUCUUAGCGAGGAGGAAGUGGUCAGGAUCAUCAAGGCUGGGAAGCAAAAGUUGCACGAUUAUCGCGAGCGUACACGCGUUAGACCAGACUUGGACGACAAGAUCAUCGUGGCCUGGAAUGGAUUGGCAAUCGGUGCACUUGCUAAGUGCAGUGUUCUAUUUGAAGAGAUUGAGAGCUCCAAGGCUGUUCACUGUCGCGAAGCCGCAGCCCGAGCCAUUAGCUUCAUCAAGGACAAGCUGUUUGACAAGGCCACAGGGCAAUUAUGGCGAAUCUACCGCGAUGGAGACCGCGGGGAUACCCCGGGUUUCGCCGACGAUUAUGCAUACCUGACCAGCGGCUUGCUUGACAUGUAUGAUGCCACUUUCGACGACAGCUAUCUCCAAUUUGCUGAGCGGUUGCAAAAGUACCUGAACAGAUACUUCCUUGCCCAGACGGGCUCUACUGCUACUGGAUAUUACAGCACGCCCUCUGUGAACACCCCGGGGAUGCCCGCCCCUCUCCUCCGAUUGAAAACUGGCACCGAGUCCGCCACGCCCUCAAUAAAUGGAAUUAUUGCCCGCAACCUCUUGCGUCUGGCUGCCCUACUCGAAGAUGAGACCUACCGAACCUUGGCGCGACAGACCUGCAAUUCGUUCGCCGUGGAGAUCAUCCAGCAUCCAUUCCUAUUCGUUGGAAUGCUGGACGUGAUCGUGGGUCUGCAAAUUGGCACCCGCACUGUGACAGGUGUUUUUGCCACGUCUGAACUUGCGCCCAAGUUGCGAGGCGAAGACACCCUGAGCCGUAAUGCCGAGCCUGUCUCUGCACGCGACCUGAUCCGCCGGAGGGUCCGGGCUGAGGCCGGCGUGGCCGUCUCCUCGUCCAUCGCGGUGACCUCACUUGUCGACAUCCGGCCCUCCCAUCUAAAAGAUUUCGUGGGCAAUCAGUCCUUCUGGCUCAAAUCGCGCAACCCGCUCUUCCAAGAGCUCAAGGCCGCCGAGCCCGCAAAGAACCAUCUUUUGGUUUGCGAGUCUGGGCGAUGCAACACCAUUGAGCUCUAG